UCUUGAGUUCAAUUUAAAAUAAAGUAUUUUUUAAAGCUUCGGGCCAAAUGUUGUUUCGAAUUAACAAAUAUUAAUUAAAUUUUAUGCAAGUACAGUUUGUAAUGACCAUUUUCAUAUUCGCCGUAUUCUCUGGCAAAAGUCGAGGUUAGGUGGUUGGGUGAUAGAUCGUUGUUAUUAUAUUUUCGUAGAAACUGUAACCGCGAGCAUAUUUAAACAAAUCGGUCAAUUAAAUUAUAAUCUUUACCCGUUUUCUCGAAUCGCCGUUGAAAAUCUCGUCCGAAAAACGAUGCCAGCAAUUUUAAAAUUUGACCCAAGUUGAUUGAUUGUUUGUUUAUUGUUAUGUUCGCGUCUUUCCAUUGAACUUUGUGCGGGCCUAAUACAGGAUGAACGGCAUGGAUCACCGAAGUCAUGGAAACCAAAACACCAAGCCAAAGAACUACAAACUCCUAGUUGAUCCCUUUUUGGUAAAGGGUAGUCCUAAGCUCUACCGCUAUGAUGGAGUGGUACCCAAUGACAAUACCUACCCCCCAGUCACUCUUAGAGAUCCGCGUUCUCACUUAACAAGGAUAUGGACCCGUCUGGAGACACUGGAACUGCCUGUACCUAGGUUCAGGGUCGAUCACAAUUACGUCGGCGAGCCUCCGUCGAUCGAGGUGACUAUUUUUCACCUAAACGAUAACAUCGACAAGCAAUUUUUGAAAGAGAUCGUGCAAAAAUUCGGAAUUAUAGAGGAACUUUUUAUAUAUUAUCAUCCAGUGACCAACAAACAUUUGGGCAUCGGGAGGGUUAUUUUCGAAGAGGUUAAAUCAGCGAAAGCGUGCGUGGAGAAACUAAACAAUACCAGCGUCAUGGGCAAAAUUUUGGACGUAUUUUUGGACUCUUUUGGGGAAAAGUGUAAGGCGAGGUUCGAGGAGCUGACGGCAGAGAAAAAAACCGCCCCCGUUCCCGCGGUUCCGGAAGCCACCCCCAAACCGGAGGCGGAAAAGAAGAAGACCGAUGAUGACAGGUUACCUUACGAUCCUGGCGAUAACGACUUUGAGGAUCGCCUGUUCAAAGCGAAAGAAAAAGAACUGAAACAUCACGACGAUUAUUCCGAAGAGUUCAUGCGCAAUUUAAAAAAAGAUCGAGACCGGGACCGCGAGAGGGAGCGAGACAGGUACAGUUCGCGGUCGUACCGAGAGUUUUCGACUCCGGGCAGCGCCGACAUGGGUUACGGUACCGCAUCCAGUGAGUUUUCAGCGACCUAUGGAUCGACCAACACCACUCCCUUAUCGUUCGAUUAUCACGGUUUAAGCCAAGCCACGCCCAUUCCGCCGCAGUAUCCGUACGCCACGCCCACCUACCAUGCCAUGGGUCCGCCUCCGGUGUGGCCGGUCACGCCCCAGUGGCCUCCGCCCGACCCGUGGGAACGGUCGCCGGCGCCGCCCCCCAAAUGGGGCCACGAAUCGGAACAGCCGAAACGGACGAUCGAAAAGGCACGGGACAGGGACCGGGACCGGGACAAACACAGGGAUAGGGACCGGGACCGAGAUAAAGACAGGAAAAGGUCCAGCAAGUCGAAGCGGGACAAAACGAGGGACAAGGAGGAGAAAAAGGACAAGGAGAAGGUGGACGAGGAGAAGCCCUUGGAUUUGGACACGAGGAUCGAGUUGCUCUUGAAAGGGAAGGGCAGCGGGGGCGUGCCGCCGCCCUUUUUGUCGCUGGGGGGCGACUCGGACGAGGACAGGAUGAGUUGCUCGCCGCGGGACAAAAUGCCGCCCCCGCCUCCAAUUCCGACGUCCAUCGAUAGCGACGACGAUCGAUCGAGUAUUUCACUAAGUGACAUGCCGAUUAACCCGAUGGCUCCGGUUUUGUGUAGCGACGCGCAAGACGACGACACCAUACCCCUGUCCGAUCCUCCGUCACCGUUUUUGUCCAUGGAUAUAUACCUCCAGUGUCAUAGGAACGCCAUCGAGCAGGCCGUGGUCGCGCGCCAAAAGGAGGCACUGCAAACGUCUGCGCUGUUGAAGAAGGUGCAGAUCGGCGAGUUCGGGAAACUGGGCAGCGACAUCUCGUCGAGCGAAGACGAACUGUUGACCGGCGAAAACAUCGAGCGCAACUACAGCCCGAUCGACCGGCGCGAUUUCAAGAACGAGUUCAAAUUCGACAAGGACGACGACAGGAUGAGCAUGUCGUCGUUGAGUAGCAACGAGAACAAAAUCGAGGAGGCGCAGCCGGAUCAGGCGCCGUUGGUCGCUGCGCAGUCGACGCUGCAGACCGUCGGGACUGCGCAGUUUCCGGCAGUGCCGGCGAUGCCGGCCAGCGUCUAUCCGGGUUACCCUCAAUAUCCGGACCUAUUGAGGAUUGCCGCAACAGCUGCCAUACUCAGAUCCGCUACAGGAUACACCGGUUCGGCUCAGUACGGUUAUACGCAGCCGCCUCCCAUCUCGCCUUACGCCGCCCCCUAUCCGCAAUACCCUUACCCGACCGCCACGACGGCCGCUUACCCUUACACAGCUUCGAUGCCUUAUUACUCGGCUUAUCCUGCCGCCGCCGCCGCCACUGCCGCGUACGGUUUCCCCUACCCGACUAUAGGCGCCGCCUCCACCGCGUGCGGCAGGACCGACCUUGAGGGCAGGACGGACGAUCCCCACGCCCCCACCAUCGAUAGCGUCGUCGAGAAGGUCACCCACGAGCUCAAGGCUAUCCUGAAGCGCGACUUCAAUAAGAAAAUGGUCGAGAUGACGGCUUAUAAGAAGUUCGAGGCUUGGUGGGAGGAAGAAACGUCGAAGGUUAACAAGGUGAAAGACAAAGAGGAGACGGAGAAGCCGAUAUCGUCGAGAGACAACAUAAACGUACUGCUGGAGAGCAAUCACGACUCCCUGUACGGCUACGACUCCGUGGGUCUGGGUCUGCGCGCCUCGCUGCCGAAGAUGCCCAGUUUCCGGCGCAAGAAGAUCCCGUCGCCGGCGCCGGUCGAAGAAGACGAAGAAUCGAAACUGUCCGAUCAGGAGGAAAUCGUGCGCAGCGAUUCGGACUCGGAGUCGACGUCGCGGCGUCGCGGCGACGACGUCGCGCGACGGAAAACAUCGUCGAGCAGCUCGAGCUCGAGCUCGACGGUCAGCUCGGACGACGACGACAGCUCCGACGACGAGAGCAGCUCCGACGAAUCCGACGUCGAGGUGAAACAGAUGAACAGGAGCGACGCGUCCAAGACCGAGAAAAACGUCGAAGACGACGUCGACGACGAGAUGAUAAAAAUAUCCGACUUGUCGACGUUCGAGCCGCUCGAUGACGGCAUCGUCGAGAGAAACGAGACCCCCACCCCGAUGGAGCUGGACGAAUCGGUAGACACCGCACAGUCGAACGUUCGAACGUUAAAGGUCGUCGCACCGCGCGCCGUCGACUCAUCCGAACCGUCCAAGAGGCCGAAGAACAACUUCUACAGCAUCUACGACAGCGACAGCGACGAGAGCGACACCGAGAGGAUCCUGCUGGAGCGCAGGCGCAAGAACACUGAAUGGAUGGAACAGAUCGAGAAGGAGCGACAGGAAACAGAGGCGCGGAGGCGGCAAGAACGCGCUGAGAAGGAAGAAAGGGAACGGACGCCGACUCCGCCGUCGCAGAAAGCGACGCACGGCGACGUCGACGUUGACGACGAGGAGACCAAGAGCGCGAUCGAGGAGAAAACGUUGGAAGAGCUCGAGGCGGAACGGGACGCCCUCUUGCGGCAAGUGCGCAAUCCGGAGCCGCCGUCGAACGAGAUGGACGUCGACGACGAUCGGCCGCGUCACGUGACCGCCGAAGACGACGACGCGGUCGAACAAAAGGACGUCAACGGCGCCGUGGACGCCGUCGCCAAGGGCCUGUCCGAAGGUUCCAGGGAGAGCAGCCCGUCGAGCCAGGUGGUCAUAGAGCAUUCGUACUGCAUGUCGCGGCCAGACGAGAAGGAGAACGACGCCGGCGUCGGUGUCGAGACGCCGCGCGGGGACACCCUCGCCCACGAUCAUGGAUACACGAACAAGGAGGAGACGGCGCCGGUCGUGGAACCCGUCAAACCGAAAAAGGAGAAAGCGCCCAAACAGCCGAGACCCCGCAAGCAAAAGAAGCUCCAGGAGCUGCAGAACACGUUCUACAACGAACGGCAGCGUUAUUCGGCCAAACAGGACUACGUGGGCCGCUACAAUGUCCACGAAAACGUUUACCACAAAAUACGGGAUCAGAUGUCCGAAUUCGCGGUUCUUUACGAAUUCCUCACCAAGGGUAUCGACCGGGAAGACAUCGAGUACAUCAAAAAAUCGUACGAGGAGCUGCUAUCGGACGACGUGAUGGGUUACUGGCUCAACGACACACACUGGGUCGACCACUGCGUCACCGAUUUGUACUCUAGCCCGCCGAAGAGACGGAAACGGGACGAGAGGCAGCACUCGACGGGUUCGGCGAGGACCGAAGGGUAUUACAAGAUGUCCGCGCACGAAAAGUCCCGUUACAAGUACCACCACGCCAAGGCUCACGCCAUCACGUCGGCGGUUGUCGUGCCAGUCAACAAACAAGGUCUGUCGAGGGAGGCGCGUUCCAAUCAGCGCAGAUUGCUGACCGCGUUCGGAUCCGAUACGGACUCGGACCUGUUGAAAUUCAACCAGCUGAAAUUCCGUAAGAAGCAGCUCAAGUUUGCCAAGUCGGCCAUUCACGAUUGGGGAUUGUUCGCGAUGGAACCAAUCGCCGCGGACGAAAUGGUGAUCGAGUACGUGGGCCAGAUGAUACGUCACAGCGUGGCCGACUUCAGGGAACAGAAAUACGAAGCCACGGGCAUCGGAAGCUCGUACCUCUUCAGGAUAGACUUGGAGAAUAUCAUAGACGCGACCAAGUGCGGAAAUUUGGCGCGGUUCAUCAAUCACAGUUGUAACCCGAAUUGCUACGCGAAAAUCAUCACGAUCGAGUCGCGCAAGAAAAUCGUCAUCUAUUCGAAGCAGCCGAUAGCGGUGAACGAGGAGAUUACUUACGAUUACAAGUUCCCUAUCGAGGAGGACAAGAUUACGUGUCUGUGUGGCGCCGCCACCUGUCGGGGCACUUUGAACUAAACGAAAGUGAGGUUGGGUGGUUUUAAAUUGUGUUUUUAAUGAUUGUACAUAAUUUUCUGUAAAUAUAGCGGAUUUGUUAAUACAUCAUCAACACAUUCCGUCUGAGUAUAGUUUUAUUUC